AUGAACACAUUGAGAAGCCGUUACUCAAAUGCAGCAUGCAGCCACCGAUUUACCUUUGAUGAGCAAUUACGUGAGAAAUUCUGUGAACGCUUGCGACAACCGUCCAAUACUGUACAUCCACGUUAUCAGAUUCAACGAGCUGCAAACAAAAAAAGAGACAGUGCCGUACUGGUGCCAUUGGUGCAUUCCGAAGGCACACCAUCAAUUUUGUUCACGCAUCGCUCGAUGCUACUGCCCGAUCAUCGUGGCGAAGUGUGCUUUCCUGGUGGACGUAUGGAACCUGGAGAAACAUAUGAACAGGCAGCACUACGUGAAACGGAAGAGGAAAUCGGUUUGAAUGCAGAUCGAGUGGAAAUUUGGGGGAAGCUGAGACCGGUACUAACUCGACAUUUCACGAGUACCGUAACGCCCUGUGUUGGUUUAGUACGAGAAGCCGAUUUAAGCGACAUACGAGCGGGCUGUGAUGAGGUGCAAACAGUUCUUGCUGCACCAGUUGAAGAACUCUGCUCUAGGCAAUUCUACACUCAUUUCAAAAGAGCACUACGUGAAACGGAAGAGGAAAUCGGUUUGAAUGCAGAUCGAGUGGAAAUUUGGGGAAAGCUGAGACCGGUACUAACUCGACAUUUCACGAGUACCGUGACGCCCUGUGUUGGUUUAGUACGAGAAGCCGAUUUAAGUGACAUACGAGCGGGCUGUGAUGAAGUGCAAACAGUUCUUGCUGCACCAGUUGAGGAACUCUGCUCCAGGCAAUUCUACACUCAUUUCAAAAGAGGUAAGAACUUCCUUGGCAAAAAGUGGUACUGCUCAUGGCUUCUGAUAGUAUAA